CGACAUUUUCAGUAGUCGGAAGGAAAGUUGACCCCGAAGAACUUUACUGAUUUUCUUCCACAUUCUGUGUGAGAACAUGGCCUCAAAGUUUGAAAUCCCCAAACUUCCAAACGUGGAGCAGAUGGAUUUUAGCAAGAUGGACAUGACGGACCCAGACGAAGUCAACAUUGAAGCAUAUUUCACAGCUUCCGAGCUUGCCAAGCUGUCAGAUUAUGAAAAACUCAGACUAAGAAAUAUCAAAAGAAAUUAUCAAGUCUUAAAAGAUUUAGGUCUCCCAAUUGCUAAGCCUCAGUUCAUGAAGCCAAAGAAGAAACCAGCUCAGAAGAAAAAGGUGAAAGAUGAGAGUUCUGGCAGCGAUGAAGAGUGGACACCAGAGUUAGACAGAAGAAAGAGUGGAAGAGCAUUAAAGAGUGUGGAAAGAUUUCAGCCUCCACCGAAGCCAGACAGAACUGUUCAGAGAACAAAAACAAAAGUGAUUUAA